CCCAUGUUCAACCAACCUGCUUCUCGCCCUCACUCGUCCUCUUUCACCCUUCUUCACCACUUUGUCAGCUCCGCAGGCUCUGAUGGCAGAUGUCUGGCAUCAUCAAGUCGCUUGAUCAUGCACUCGGAUCUCACAAGUCCAACGAUGUGGCUUCCACAAAUCCAGCUGCGUCGACCACUGCGGAAGGACCGACCGUAGGCGGUCUCCUCAAGGCUGAUGCGGAAAGAGGUGCAGCCGUGCAUGCCUUUGAUCCCGAUGCGACACCCGAAGAAAAGGCUGCUGCUGCCGGCAAGGCUCGAGCUCAACUACAGGCUAUCCCUGGAACUGAACAUCUGAAGCAUCGGCGAUCCGCCCUGGGAGGUCGAGCCGUCGCCAUUGACACCUCGACUACCAAUGGUGCUCCAGCUCCCACUAUCACAAUGGCUGACAUCGAUCACGCCUCUCGCGCCGAGGGGCAAGAGGUUGGUGGACAGUCGGUCCCAGGUGCUAUCCCCACCGGUGCUGCGCCUCCAGUUCCCAAAUGGCUGCAGGUUGGAUGGAAAGAGGUAGCAGGUGCCGCGUUGAGCGGAUCAGAUGAGCAUCAGAGAGAUUUGGGCAUAUUGGCUCAUUACGUCUCGGACCAAGCGUACGGAGCGUGGUACCACAACGCGGCCAUUAUCCUCUUCGCCGUCCUCACCACGCGCUUCAUCACCGUCAUCCAUCUCGGAUGGGGUUGGGUGAUCUGCAUUCUUGCCUCUUGCGCCGCCUACUACACCCUGUCUAUGCAACGAACACGUGCUCGCGCAAGAGACGACAUUCAAAGGGAGCUGGUCAAGACGAGAUUGGUCACAGAAACGGAAAGUGCAGACUGGCUCAACGGAUUCCUAGAUCGAUUCUGGUUGAUCUACGAGCCUGUCCUGAGUCAAACGAUCGUGGCCAGCGUCGAUGCCGUGCUCGCAGCCAGCACACCGAGCUUCCUGGAAAGCAUUAGAUUGACGACGUUCACGCUUGGAACCAAGGCGCCUCGCAUUGACUUUGUUCGGACCUUCCCAAAGACUCCAGAGGAUACGGUCAUCAUGGACUGGGCAUUGUCAUUCACUCCCAAUGACCUCAUGGAUAUCACUCCUCGACAGGCCGCUAAGAGGGUGAAUCCAAAGGUCGUGCUCAGCAUCCGCGUAGGGAAAGGCGCCGUGUCCAAAAAUUUACCCAUCUUGCUAGAGGAUAUGAGCUUCACCGGUCGGAUGCGAGUCAAACUCAAACUCAUGACCAACUUCCCACACGUUCAGACCGUGGAGUUGAGUUUUAUACAGAAACCGACCUUCGAUUACGUGCUCAAGCCCCUUGGAGGCGAAACGUUUGGUUUCGAUAUCAACAACAUCCCUGGCCUGGCGCCCUUCAUCCGUGACCAAGUGCAUGCAAACCUUGGACCGAUGAUGUACGAUCCCAACGUCUUCACCAUCGAUCUCCAAGCACUUCUAUCAGGUACGCCGUUGGAUGCUGCCAUUGGUGUUCUCAAGGUCACUGUCACCGAUGCACGGGGUAUUAAAGCGGUCAAAUUUGGCGGCGGUGCUCCCGAUCCUUACGUUUCGAUCGGGCUUGGAGCCAAACCGCCGAUUGCCAAGACUCAAACUAUACCAUCCAGUCAUAAUCCUUCUUGGAAUGAGACCAAAUUCAUUCUGAUCACGACUCUUGCGGACGUUCUGAAUCUUGGCUUGUGGGACUACAACGAGCACCGCCCAGACAACCAUCUAGGCGCGGUCACUCAAGAACUCGCCACGUUGAAGGAGGACGCAGAACAAGAAGGCCUCGUCGGCAAGAUCAUAAGCGGCGGUAAGGAGCGUGGAGAGCUGCGAUACGACUUGUCCUACUUUCCCGUCCUUCAGCCACAAAAAGCUGCAGAUGGGACGAUUGAACCAUUGCCAGAUACGGAGACUGGUAUCGUCCGUUUCACCAUUCACCAGGCCAAGGACCUCGAUAUCUCUCGAGAGCAUGGCGACCUCAGUCCGUUUGUCAAGGUUUUCCUCGGCUCGAGCCAACAGCCUGUUCACACCACACCUAUCCUGAAGAAUACCUCGAAUCCCAUAUGGGAGUCACACUGCGAAUUCCUUGUACCAGAGAAACACAAGAGCAUUAUCACGCUUCAAGUCAUCGACAAUAAGGAAUGGGGCUCUGAUCCUAAGCUCGGUCGACUCUCCGUCAAGCUGACUGAUCUUAUCGAGGCGAGGGAACGCCAGCAGGACUGGUACCCGCUUCAGGAAUGUCGGGCAGGGAGAAUCCGUCUUACCACCGAAUGGAAGCCCGUGGCUAUGGCUGGAUCAAUGGAGGGAGCCGGGACAUACGUUCCUCCCAUCGGUAUCCUCCGGCUCUGGCUCAAGAAAGCUAUCGAUGUCAAGAACGUAGAGGCUGCUCUAGGCGGCAAAUCGGAUCCCUACGUGCGUGUCUUGCGAAACAACAUCGUUUUGGCGAGAACAGAGGUCAUCAACAACAAUCUCAAUCCAGAAUGGGAUCAAAUCGUCUAUGUGCCUGUCAAGAACCUCCGACAAUCGCUCAUUCUCGAGCUCAUGGAUUAUCAAAACAUUGGCAAAGAUCGCUCACUGGGUUACACCGAAAUCAAGGUUGGCGACUUUGUCUCCGAAAGUAGCGAUCAAAAGUAUCCCUUUGUGUCCAAGGGCACAAGAGAGAUGAGCGACAAGAUCAAGAUUGACCGAGUCAACUAUAAGGGCACCCUAAUCUACCAGGUCGAUUUCAAGCCUGCUAUGUCUCUAAGAGGCGGUGUCUCCUUCGAUCCCCAGGAGAAUGCCUUGGACGCCGCGGCGGAAGCAGAAAGCGCCAGACAGCGAAAGGAGAGCGAAACUGCAGGCGUGCCUGCGGCUGAGACAUCAGGAAACGGCUUGCGCCACAAGCCAUCCGUGUCCAUCGCUUCGGAAGCCAGCAAGCAGAGCAAAGCUAGCGAGUCUAAAGCAGGCGGAGAAGCUACUGCGGCGGAGAAUCCCGAGGUAGGAGUGGUGAUGUCUGAUGAGGAGCUCAUGGCCUCUCAAUCCGGUGUCCUCGUUUUCCAAGUGAUCUCUGGUCAGCUUGCGCGCAAGGGAUCGCUCGAAAUCUUAUUCGACGAUGGCUACUGGCCCAGCUUUACCACCGCAAGAGCAAGGAGUAGUCAUCCGACAUGGGAUCAGAUUGGUGAAGGCUUCGUCCGGGAGCUUGACUUUAGCCGCAUAUGGUUGAGGAUCAACGCUGGUGACGAUUCCUCUAACGAAGAGAUUGUUGCCGAGUUCAAGUGCGACACCAAGUCAUUCCUUGAGAAGUGCAUGAAAAAGUCCUGUGACUUUUUGCUCUCGCAAGCCGAUGGAUCCAAUCGGUCCAUGAUCACGCUGAGCGCGAGGUACAUCCCCGUGGACAUCAAGCUGGAACCUAGGGAGAGUAUAAACAACAUGGGUGUUCUACGUGUCGAAGUGAUUGGUGCCAAGGGUCUUGCUGCGGCCGACAGGAGCGGAAAGUCUGAUCCCUACAUCAUCUUCACCCUGAACGGUCAACGGGUAUUCAAGUCUGAAACAAAGAAGAAGACAUUGUCACCGGUGUGGAACGAAAGCUUUGAGACGCUUGUACCGAGCCGCGUGGCCGCCAAACUCCACUUUGAGAUUAAUGAUUGGGACCGGGUCGGUUCGGCGACACCUCUGGGUGAUGGCCCGAUUGACCUCGCCGCUUUGGAGCCAUUCGAAUCGACGAAUAUCGAACUGCCCGUGAAUAAUCCGAGGGGUUCAGAAAAGGGCACGCUUUCCCUCAGACUCUUGUUCCAACCUGAGAUCAUUGCCCGAACUCGUCAAAAGACCAGCACUUUUUCAAUGGCCGGUCGUGCGGUAACCCAAAUUGGUGCUCUACCAUUCGCGGCUGGCAAGGGAGUCGUGCAUGGUGGAGGAGCAGUAGCUAUGGGCGUUGGUCAUGGUCUAGGGACAGUCGGCGGGUUCGCAGGACGACAUAUGGGUCUGAUCAAGAAGAAGGACGCAUCUGGGAAAGAGGUCCUCGCCGCUGCAGAUGGAACAGUGGUGAAUGGAACGCAUGAUGCUGGAUUCGAUGUCCCUGCUGGACAGACAUCCCAACCUGUGGAUGCGGAGGGAGUCAACGCGGAUGGUCUUCCCGUAGGAGCCGCCGCGACCACUCCGCCGCCUCGUCCGGCCACGGAGCCUGGGGUUCUGAAUGUGACCGUCAUGGGUGCCAAAGAUCUCAAGAGCGAUGAGGGGAGUGGACUGAAAUCGUUUGUCCAACUGAGAAUGGCUGGCAAGGCUCAUAAAACGGAUCAUGUGAAGGGCUUGCAGCCUGAAUGGAACGAGAGUUUUAGUUUUAAUGUGGCCCCCGGUACGUCUACACUUCAGGUAGCCGUCAUGGAGCACCACACGUUUGGCAAGGACGCCGAGGUUGGCGAAGCUGAGGUGGACAUUUGGACCCAUAUCCAACCCGCGAUUCCCAACGCGGAUGUCUGGAUCGAGCUCAAGAACGGCACGGGUUUGCUGAGACUGCGCCUCGAUUGGAAUACGAGUUCAGCGCCGGGCAGUGCUACCGCCAUGGACAAGAAGCUCAAAGGACGGAGUCCAAGCAUCAUUUCGAAGAGGAGCCAUAGCAGAUUCUCUUUAUCGGCAUUGACCCCGACCAAGAAGGAGCAUCAGGAUGUGUCAUAGGUACCGCGAGGGGCAUCGCUAUGACAGACACGACAUGACGACCGCUAGAAGGAUCUGGGGUGGAUACAGGUACAUAUUUCAUUAUAGGGAUUUAGACCAAGGCAUGGAUA